AUGGAGCCUUUUAAACCGGAACCCGAGCUCCAGCAGUUUUACCACCGGUUACUGCGUCCGCUGUCCCUCUUCCCCAGCAGGGUGACAUUCCCAGAGUCUCAGAAACGUCUCCUGCGAGAGGUCCCGACGCUACCCUCUCUGCCAGUCUCGCGGCUGACGGUGGCGUCGCUGUGCCGCCAGGUGGCCGAGCGGCUGGCCAGCUGUGGGCUGGAGGAGCAGAUGCCUCCUGAGGGCCGACUCCGUUUCACAGAGGUCAUCUUGGACGAGCUGAAGUGCAGCUGGCAGGAGCCUCCCAGCGAACCUAGUCUGAGCCACGUGAACAACCUGAGGCUGCGGAAGCGGCUCCUGGUUUACGUGCUGCUCACCUGCGAGCAGCUCUUCUUACACUACCUGCACCUGCUGAAGAUCAGGUCGACCUCCUCGUUUGUCUUCACUGAAUCAGCCACACUCACCCGGUUGGCCGCCGGCCUCACCAGGGACUGCACUGUCUUCCUCACCAGCCCCGAGGUCUACCGUGGCCUUCUCGCCGACUUCAACGCCUUGCUGAAAGUAGAGGAGGCUCAGGGCGGCAUAUUCAAGCUGCGCCCCAUCGGCCCCCCUGGGGCUGUCAGAGCACGUCCCCCCAGCUCCCGCUUCUCCCAGUUGCCAUGCUGCCACCUCAACCUGAACUAUCUCAUCCAGCUCAGUCGCUGUCCUCAGUUUCUCAAUGAGACUGCACCCGAUCCAGUGAAGGAAUUGAAGUCCAUCCCCCAGCUGAGGAGGCGAAAGCCUCUCCCCUGGCUGCCCGCCAUGCAAAAAAAGAGAGAAAGCUUCACUUCCUCACAGAUUGUGUCGCUGCCCAGGUACUCGGUAGCUCUCACCAGCGGGUCUUCCCCCACUUCCCAUUUGCCUCUCCCCUCCCACCUCCAGAAGGGCCAGUCCAUGCCCUCUCUGCAGGAAGGCUGGAAUCUAGCAGAUGAAUUGGGUCUUCCUCCACUCCCGCCUCGUCCGGUAACCCCGUUGGUCCUGUUUGCAGAGAGCAAACCAGAGCUCGUGGGGGACAUGGUGGCUGAGGACCUGAAGCAGAUAAUGAAGAACAUGAAACUGGAGUGGACGCGCUACUCACCAAUAGACUCAGGCGUGCCCCCACUCCUGGGGGCCCAGACCCACCACUCAGCUGCAACACAUUGCAUGGAAGAGCUGCAGAGGAUGCUGAAUGAGAAAGAAGAAGCCUCUGGGCAGUGGGAUCCCCAGCCCCCCAAAUCCCUUCCGCUUUAUCCACAGCCAAUGACUGUUACUUUGAAGCUAAGAAAUCAGGUUGUGGUCCAGGCAGCUGGUGUACAGAUCUCGGAGAGAAAGUUUUUGGAUUCCUUCCACGUUGAGGGAACCAGAGCCCUAUACAACCACCUGGCUGGUGAACUGGAACCCAGACUUAUCGAGAAAAUGGAUAUUGAUCACUUUGUUGGUAAUAGCAUCCAGGAGGUCUACAAGGAGCUGAUGAGCAGUGUCUCUACUGACCACUUCUCUUUUGACAAGGGACCCUUGAUUGAGCCUGCAGCCAGUAAAGACUGGUCAAUGUUCCUGUUCUCAGCCUUUCUGCGUCAAGAAAAACAGUAUCAUGUCAUCAACUCCAAGCUGGCUGGUCUUUAUUCCCAGAGAGCAAACACUUCAGAGUCCAACCCUGAUAGGGUAUCCUCCCUCACAUCACUCCAAGCAAGCAAAGGCCGGGAGGGGCCAUCAAACAAGACCUCAGGGAUAAACUGGUGGAAAACCAGCUUGUCUGUGGAUCACUAUUUCAAUUACCUCGCCAGCCAGGAGACAGAUUUCCUCCAUGUCAUCUUCCAAAUGUAUGAAGAGGAGGUUCCUGUGGAGAUCUUAGCCCCUGUCCAAGACUCCUUAAAGAUUCAGCACCCACCUCCAUUGCUAGAAGAUGAAGAGCCAGACUUUGUGCCAGGAGAGUGGGAUUGGAACACAGUUCUGGGGCACAGUCUAGAAACUAAGAGGACCAACCUCCUGGGAGAACCCCAUAAAAUCCUCAGCCUGCAGAAGCGUCUGGAGCGGCUGUGGUCCGUGCUUGAGGUUCCUGACAAGGACCGGCUGGACAUGGCCAUCAAGUACAGCUCUAACACCCGUCUGAGGCAGCUGCCUUCAUUGGUGAGUGCCUGGGAGCAGACCCUGCAGCCCAUUCAGCUGCGGGAGAUGUUGCUGGGGAAACUGGAGUGGUUUGAGCGACAAGCCUCUGACCCCAACCGUUUCUUCCAAAAGGAUGGCACAAGACUGAGUCGCUUCCUAGAGGAAAAUCAGAUCCGCAACCGUCUACACAGGCAGCUCAGUCUCACGGAGGCGCCUUUGGUUUCGCUCCUGAAGGAGGUUGAGUUAAUCUUUGGUGAGCCAGUGACUUUCAAGGGCCGGCGCUACCUGGACAAGAUGAAGCAUGACAAAGUGGAGAUGCUCUACUGGCUGCAGCAGUGGCGGCGGGUGCACGACAUAGUCCGGGCCCAGAAGGCCUCCCACCAGUCAGCCAUGUUCGGAAGGCUCAGCAGCCCACAUUUAAUAGCCCCUGGGAAUACUCCCAGGCCAAGUGCCUUCAGGCCCCUCCCUCAGCCCCCAGCAUCCAGCACCUCCAUCCAGACCCCUUGA